AUGGCUGCUCCAUACAAGAAAGGUAACGCAAAGAAGGGAUCUAUGUUGUUCAAGACUAGAUGUGCCCAAUGCCAUACUGUUGAAAAAGGGGGCCCUCACAAAGUUGGACCAAAUCUUCAUGGUGUUAUCGGAAGAACUUCCGGUACUGCCGAGGGUUAUAAUUACACUGAUGCCAACAAGUCGGCAGCUGUGAAGUGGAGUGAACAAACCCUGUGUGACUACUUGGAAAAUCCAAAGAAGUACAUUCCAGGUACCAAGAUGGCUUUUGGUGGUUUGAGAAAGGCCAAGGACAGAAACAACCUUGUUGCAUACUUGGCUGAUGCCACCAAAUGA